AAACAGUCAAUUACCCAGAGGAUUAUCAAGGACCUUGCAAUUCGCUUUUCCAUUCUUUGCGAACUGCUGAGGACUUCUCAAUUCGCUCGCCAUAACUGGUAUAAUCUAUUCAAGGCUGCGACAGGACAAGUAAUCGUUGGAUGGAAACAGAAAAGAUAAACUGCAGUGGUGGCGUGAAGCCACCGGCAACUCCAUGCGCAGCUUGUAAGAUCCUUAGAAGAAGGUGCGGAGACAAAUGUUUACUUGCUCCCUAUUUCCCAACGAACAGUCCUCAUAAGUUUGCUACCGCACACCACGUUUUCGGCGCAAGCAACAUAAUCAAGAUGCUUAAGGAUCUCCCAAACGAUGCAAGAGCAGAUGCAGUAAACAGUAUGGUGUACGAAGCGAAUGCGAGGGUGAGGGAUCCCGUAUACGGAUGCGCUGGAACAGUAUCUCAACUGCAGCAUCAGAUAUCACAAUUGCAGUCUCAAGUGGCGGCGGCACAAGCGGAGCUUCUCAACCUGCGCAUUCAACAGGCCAAUUUUUUGUCUCUGCUCACACUCACCUACACAUCGAAGGAAGAUGCACAAACAGUUUCUCCCUCUCUCACUCACCCGCCUGAUAAUGAUAAUGAAAAUGACCUCAGUGGAGAGGAUGUGGAGGAUUUGUUCUCAGAUGAUGUGGAUCCAUUGAUGCUUUGGAAAACACAGUGAACAUAAAUUGUGUUGGAGAGUUUUUCUCUUUUGAAGCUGGAAGGGGUAGACAGGAAAACCUGUCAUAUCUUUGUUUGGUAUAUCAAAUAUAUGUUUGACAACAAGGGUCCACAUUAAAGUUA